GCCUGCGGGGCGCGUUGCGGGCGGGCGGUGGGAGUUGGUGUUGGCGACCGUGACCACGGUCUGCUGGCGUCCCCGGGCCCGGGUGGGUGUGGGAGCCCAUGGCACAGCCGACUCCGCACCUUUGCAAAGCUGCGCGCUCGGGCUCCACGGGCGCCCCGCGAGGUGGGCGCUGCGUCCUCGCUUCACGGGCGGGGAGGCUUGGGCAGAGAGACGAAGCCACUUGUCCAAGGUCAUGCCGCUGGUAAGUGGGAGCGCCCAGCAUGGAGCCCAGGACCGCUGGCUGCGGAGUCCGCCUUCCACCCUCCUCGCCUCGGCCGCCUCCUGCGGGAGGGGGACGUGGUCAGGAGGGUGGGUCGACGGGGCCAGCUGGGCUCCAGGCUGGGCGCGACCACUAACCCGAUUCUUGACCUCGGGCUUAACCCCUUUUCCUCUCUGGGCCUUGGUUUCUCCACCUGUGAAGUCGAUGUAGUGCAGGCCCUGGCUGUCGCCUCAUCGGAGCGUGUGGCGGAUCAAAGGAGACGCGUAAUGCAUGUGCACUUGCUUUGUAGUUUCCCUGUGCCGCGUACACCGAAGGGUCUCCAUCACCAAACUCCAUGCUUCGAGUCCUGCUCUCUGCCCAGGCCUCUGCUGCUCGACUCUCUGGCCUGCUGCUGCUCCCGCCAGUACUGCCCUGCUGUCUGGGGCCCAGCAAGUGGGGGGACCGGCCUCCUGGAGGCGGCCUCCAUGCAGGCCCUGUGCAGGGGCUACAGCGGCUUCUGGAACAGGCGAGGAGCCCUGGGGAGCUGCUGCGCUGGCUGGGCCAGAACCCCACCAAGGUGCGCGCCCAUCACUACCCCGUGGCACUUCGUCGCCUGGGCCAGCUCUUGGGGUCUCAGCCACGGCCCCCUCCCGUGGAGCAGGCCACACUACAGGACUUGAGUCAGCUCAUCGUCCGAAACUGCCCGUCCUUUGAUAUUCACACCAUCCACGUGUGUCUGCACCUUGCCGUUUUACUUGGCUUCCCAUCAGAUGGGCCUUUGAUGUGUGCCCUGGAGCAGGAGCGAAGGUUCCGCCUCCCUCCAAAGACACCUCUCUCUCUGCAACCUAUCCUUCUCCGCGGGCAAAGACUGGAAGCUGCUCUGAGCUGCCCCCAUUUCCUGAGGCAUCCGAAGCAGCACCUUAUCCGCAGCCUGGCAGAGGCCAGGCCAGAGGACCUGACUCCGCACGUGAUGGUGCUCCUGGCCCAGCACCUGGCCCGCCACCGGCUGCGGGAGCCCCAGCUUCUGGAAGCCAUCGCUUACUUCCUGGUGGCCCAGGAAACGCAGCUCAGCAGCAAGGUGGUACAGAAGUUGGUCCUGCCCUUUGGGCGGCUGAACUACUUGCCCCUGGAACAGCAGUUUAUGCCCUGCCUGGAGAGGAUCCUGGCUCGGGAAGCAGGGGUGGCCCCCCUGGCUACUGUCAACAUCUUGAUGUCACUGUGUCAGCUGCGGUGCCUGCCCUUCAGGGCCCUGCACUUUGUCUUUUCCCCAGGAUUCAUCAACCACAUCAGUGGCACCCCCCAUGCCCUGAUCGUGCGGCGCUACCUCUCCCUGCUGGACGCAGCCGUGGAGCUGGAGCUUCCGGGGUACCGGGGUCCCCGCCUUCCCCGAAGGCAGCGAGUGUCCAUCUUCCCCCAGCCACUCAUCACUGACCGUGCCCGCUGCAAGUACAGUCACAAGGAUAUAGUGGCGGAGGGGCUGCGCCAGCUGCUGGGGGAGGAGAAAUACCGGCAGGACCUGACCGUGCCCCCGGGCUACUGCACAGACUUUCUGUUGUGCGUCAGCAGCUCUGGGGCCGUGCUGCCUGUGAGGACCCAGGACCCCUUCCUACCGUACCCUCCUCGGUCCUGUCCCCAGGGCCAGGCUGCCUCCCAGCCCACUACCCAAGACCAGGACCCUGCCCAGAGGGUGGUGCUGAUGCUGCGGGAGCGCUGGCACUUCUGCCGGGAAGGCCGGGUGCUGCUGGGCUCCCGGGCCCUACGGGAGCGGCACCUGGGCCUCAUGGGCUACCAGCUCCUGCCGCUACCCUUCGAGGAACUGGAGUCCCAGAGAGGCCUGCCCCAGCUCAAGAACUACCUGAGGCAGAAGCUUCAGGCCUUGGGCCUCCGCUGGGGGCCGGAAGGGGGGUGAGGGGCGUACACGGGGCUCAGAAUGACCCUCCGAUGGGGGGGGGUGGACAGUUUGCACUUUGCCGUUCUCGGUUUUGGUUUCUCAUUAAAAUCCCUCUCCUUCCUCA